GUUAAAAGGGUGGGAGCGGUCCCGGGGACCCAUCUCUCCCGUUGAGCCUUGAGACAGCUGGUGCCGCAGUCCGCAGGAAGGUCCUCCUGUCCUCAGUCAUGGCUUGUGGUCUGGUCGCCAGCAACCUGAAUCUUAAACCUGGGGAGUGCCUCAGAGUGCGGGGCGAGGUGGCCCCGGAAGCCAAGAGCUUCGUGCUGAAUUUGGGCAAAGACAAGGACAACCUGUGCCUGCACUUCAACCCUCGCUUCGAAGCGCAUGGGGACGUCAACACCAUCGUGUGUAACAGCAAGGACGCGGGGGCCUGGGGCGCGGAGCAGCGGGAGACCGCCUUCCCCUUCCAGCCUGGGACCGUGGUAGAGGUGUGCUUCUCCUUUGACCAGGCCGACCUGACCAUCAAGCUGCCAGAUGGACACACAAUCAAGUUCCCCAACCGCCUCAACCUGGAGGCCAUCAACUACAUGGCCGCCGAUGGCGACUUCAAGAUCAAGUGCGUGGCCUUUGACUGAAACCAGCCAGCUCGUGGCCCCUAAUAAAGGCAGUGGCCUGUGCUCUCCCUA